AGAACCUCCUCUCAACUAAGGUGUGUGUGGAGGUUUUCAAAGCGCUGACUUCCUCCUAUGCCAUGUAGACGCACAGCACCUGUGUUAGACGUGUUUAACCAACUAGACCCAAACAACCGUAUUUUCUACGCCGUGUGUUGGAUUUGAAGACCGCGAGCUCCCCGGAAAUGGCCCGGUCGUUCCGCUUGCUGAUUGGUUUCGUUUUGUUAAGUGUGUUUGGAGCUGAAGCCAAAACAGUCCAUUCCGGAUCUCUCAGAAGAUACAAGAGAGAAUGGAUCGUCCCUCCACAAAUUUUGGAAGAGAAUGUAGACUAUACUAAACAGAACUAUAUUGCUAGGAUUCGUUCAGACAAGGAGAAUCCAAGUAAAGGUCCAAUAAAAUACUCCUUAAAGGGCAUUGGAGCAGAUCAGGAACCCUAUAACCUGUUCGUUGUGGAUGCUAACACCGGCAAUGUUCGAAUAACUGGGAUCCUAGACCGAGAGGAAAUUUCCCAGUACAAUCUCUCAGGAACUGCUCUGUACCCCGAUGGCUCAGUGGCAGAGAAUGAUAUUCAGCUAAGAAUAAAGGUGAAAGAUCAGAAUGACAAUGCGCCCAUCUUCUUGCCCAUCACCACAGGAUCUGUGAAAGAGCUCAGCACUAUAGGUACAACUGUAAUGAAAAUAACAGCGAUGGAUGCUGAUGAACCUGAGAACAUGAACUCUAAAAUCCGCUAUGAGAUAGUUGAUCAGAAGCCUGCAGGAGCCAUGAUGUUUAGAAUCAAUCAGGAUGGAGAAGUGAUCGUUAACAAUCCUAACUUGGACCGAGAGACCAUUGACCAGUAUGUACUUACUGUAAAAGCCUCAGACCUUGAUGGGGGUCCAGGUUGCAAAUCAGGGAUGGCAACGUUUAAUAUCCAGAUCGAGGACGUCAACGAUAACCCCCCAGUACUGGAAAAGGAAUCUUAUGAAGCCAGUAUUGAGGAGAACACAGACAACGUGGAGGUGAUGAGAUUUAAAACCACCGAUAAGGACCUGCAAGGCACUGAAAACUGGCAGGCCGAUUACCAAAUUGUGUCGGGCAAUGGGGGAGGGCAUUUUAAGAUUGUCACUGAUCCAAAGACCAACGAUGGAGUCCUGAUGCUUGUCAAGGCUGUAGAUUACGAGGAAAUAAAAGACAUGAAUCUGGGCAUCGUAGUGAACAAUGUGGCUCCAUAUAGCGGCGCUGCGUCUAGUGCGAUGACUGGAGUGUCAAUGUCAGGAGGAGGAGGAGGAGGAGGAGGAGGAGGAGGAGGAGGAGCGGCGGCAUGGGGGGCUACAGGAAUGGCAGGCAGUGGAGGCUUCAGUAAAAUCUACAACAUGCAUGUUAAUGUAAAGAACCAGCCUGAAGGUCCGCGCUUCAUUCCCAGAGUGAAGGCCAUUCCAAUUUCUGAAAAUGGCAAGGGGACUGAUAUAUCAAAAGCCAUCACAACGUAUUAUGCUACCGAUUCAGACACAGGAUUGCCUGCUAAGGGAGUCAAAUAUGUUAAAGGCUCUGACCGAGACAACUGGCUAACCAUUGACGAGAACACCGGUGCUAUCAAACUGAACAAAAUCCCAGAUCGAGAGUCUCCAUAUCUGGUCAAUGGGACUUACAUGGCAGAAAUCCUCUGUAUUAGCCAAGACAUGCCCUCAAAGACAGCCACGGGCACUGUUGCCAUCCAGGUGGAGGACUAUAAUGACCACUGCCCCACUCUGAUUAAUAAGACUCAGACUAUGUGUACCACUCAGGAAGUUUUGUAUGUUAGUGCAGAGGACAUUGAUGAUUUUCCCAAUGGAGCACCCUUUACAUUCAACAUUAUUCCUGAAGAGACAGAUGGAAAAUGGACUGUGGUGGAGAAUAUCAAUGAAACAACAGCCAUGUUGAAGCCUGAAGGCACAUUGUGGCCAGGUCCUCGUCAAGUGACUCUGGAAAUAAAGGACCAACAAGGAAUAUCGUGUCCAGACAAGCAAGUGCUCACGUUAGACGUAUGCACAUGUGAUAAAUCAGCAACAUGUUCCCUUAUUGCUACGAAGAGCUCGAAACUCGGUGGUGCCGGAAUUGGUUUGCUUCUCUUGGGAAUCCUCCUUUUAUUACUUAUUCCACUCCUACUGCUGCUCUGUCAGUGUGGCGCAGCCGGCAUGACCGGAGCCUUCGCUGAUAUUCCAUACGACACUAAAGAGCAUCUGAUUUCCUACCAUACAGAAGGGCAAGGAGAAGACCGGGAUGUGCCCUCAAUCCUGAAUGAAACUGAUGGCAUUGGAAUAGGCCACAUGAAAGGUGCCAUUGGGACGAUGAUGGGAGGUGCUUUUGGAUCUUCUGGUUACAGACUCCCCGGAGGAGGAGACAUGAACUCUGGAGGUCACACCUAUAACCGAAUGGAAAUGACCUCUAUGGAUCAUGGGAUAAGCAGACUUCUUGGGAUGAUGAGGGAUGGGUUUUCAACAGUUGACAGUGGAAUGGCCCUCGAUGAAGAAUACUUAAAUUCUUACUACUCAGAUAGAAGUCAGCAGUUACAUGUUGAAACCGAAGACAAUCUUGUGCCAUACGGGUUUGAGGGCACAGGCUCAUCAGCUGGUUCUGUAGGGUGCUGCAGCGACAUUAUGGAGAAUAAUGAUCUAGGGUUACUUGAUGACUUGGGGCUAAAGUUCACUACUCUAGCUGAAAUUUGUGGUGGUACAAAGUUUACAGCGCCUGCUCCUAACCUUCCUCCUCCAUUAAAACCUGUCAUGGAUCACACCAAAUCAGUUUCCAUGCACACCAACUUUGCCAACACUGUCAACACGGCCUCCAAUGUUGCAUCAACCUCUACCACACGCAUGGAGGAGAACACGCUAAUUAAAAACACCCAAGUAGUGUCUGAUGUGCAGCCGGUACAGACUAUGAUGGUGCAGCAGCAGCCAAUGUACUACAUGGUAGAGCCGCAGGUCUCCAACACUGUGCUAUUGGCCGAGAGACCAGCCAUGGGACUGACCCAGGGGAUGUAUGUGCUGAACAGUGCUCCAGUGACCGAAAGAGUCCUGGUCCAGGGUGCUAUGCCAGCACAAGCCACGAUUGGUGGAGGUGACAGAAUGGUAUUGUUGGAAACUCAUGGAGGAUCCAACAUGACACAGAACACAGGCCUGAUCCAGUCAGCUCAUCUGUCUGGAUCGCAAGUGUUGCUCCUUGAUGCAGGUGCACAAGGCGGCCACGUCCUUCAAGGAACACUACAGAGAGGGGGCAUCUCUGGCUCUCAAGGCAUAAUGCUGGUGGAGGGGCAAGGAACACAUCAGAGAGGGGGCAUCUCUGGCUCUCAAGGCAUAAUGGUGAUGGAAGGGCAAGGAACACUGCAGAGAGGGGGCAUCUCUGGCUCUCAAGGCAUAAUGCUGGUGGAAGGGCAAGGGACACUGCAGAGAGGGGGCAUAUCUGGCUCUCAAGGCAUAAUGCUGGUGGAAGAGCAAGGAACACUGCAGAGAGGGGGCAUCUCUGGCUCUCAAGGCAUAAUGGUGAUGGAAGGGCAAGGAGGGUCCACAAUUAAUGGAUCCCUCCAAAGAAGUGUUCCUGUAGCCGGAGCUUCUCAGAGUAUGGUGCAUGUAGUGGAGAGGCAAGGGGGUACUUCAGGAUUCACCCAAGGAUCCCUGCAGGGAGGAUUACAAUCCACUGCCCUGUCCCAGAAUGGCACUGUACAUGGACUUCCCAGCUCACGGAAAGUUGUCAUCCAAGAGAAAAAGGUUGUGAAAACCAACCUGUAAUUACGGUUUAAUUUUUCUAACACUGAACACAACAACAGGAGCCUGAGGUAAUUUCCUCAAUGCUUUAACAUGGAAAAAGUACAAGCAUUUUGACACCCAAAGGCGCUUAUUGUCAAUAAUGCAUACACUGUACACACAUUUACCUGAGUAUUGGUUCAUUGCUGUUUUCUUCUUUAUUUUUAAGCUGUUUUAGGGUAACUGUGUUUUUUGUGUGGUAUUACUAAGUAUCUCUAUCCUGUUAAAUUUCAUAUCAGAAAUAAUACUACUUCUUAAGGGUUACACACUUUGCUUCUAACACUGAAUUCAGUGUUUCAAUCUAUAAAAAAGUAGUUUUAUCAUUCUGUAUUGUCAAUGCAUAUUUCAGGAAAACAAAUCUCACAAACAAAAACAAACAUGCUGGGAGGAGUUCAUCUUGCUCCAAGGCUCCCUUUGUAAAAAACACAUAAAAUAAGUUACUAUAAAAAAAAAAUGCACAAAGACCGUUGACCAGUGUAGGACUGUUGAACAGUUAAAUUAUUAACAAGCCACUUAUCAUAGCGGUAUGGAAAACGUGUACUAGGUUUGGAGUUUUUUCAAAAUAAAAGUUUUGAAAUUUUUAGAGCACCACUGUCAUUUAAGCUAGUUUAGUAUUGUAAUGUUAAAAUUACAUUAUGAUAAAUGAAUUAAGGUAUACUUUAUUAUUACUUUUUUUGGAAAGUUUUUACCAAGAUCACAAAUGACAAAAACAAUAUAUCUGCUUUCAUGCAACUAAAUAUUCACAAGUUACUGUUGCAUUUAUAACAGAAAGGAACAGUGAUAGUGACCUUACAUAUGAUUUAUUGUGCAGUCACAAUUUAGCUCCUCUAACAUUUCAUAAUGUUAGUUUGAGGUGUCUUUUUUUUUUUUUUUUUCAAAAUAACAAUGUAAAGAGGCUUUUGACCUGUAAAAUUGUGGUAGUUUUGUAUCUUCCUUUUUCUGUUAAAAGCUAAUAGACAGUUACAAGUCCUUUUGCUUAAUGGGUUUGUACUUUCACUUUGUUUCCACAAGUGACAAAGCAAUACCGGGACUGGAUUAAUAUUCAAUCAUGCACAUGUAUUGUUCUCUUCACAUUAAAUAGUAGUUGCUGGUAAAUGGUUUAAGGGCAAUUUAACUCAAAAAAGAGACUUUAUUACUUUUUAUUUUUUAAAUAAAGUUUUUCAAGAUUUGCAACAGUGACAUGAAUGUGCUUCCUAUUAAACGGCUCAAAGUGAAUGCUUUAGCUUUGAAAUGUGGGGUUUAAACUGGAACCACUUGGAUUUAAUAUCUCACUUAUUGUAUAUUUUAAUAAAAUAAACAAGGUUUUGAGAAAUA